GUGUGUGUGUGUGUUUGUGUGUGUGUUUUUGUUUGUGUGUGUCUGUUCGUUCCAUAUCCUGAUUCCUCACCCACUAAGGGAUUGCCUUGUUUUUCGCAUCUUCGAGAAGCUCUCAGAGGAAUUCCCUCGGCUUCAACAUGGGGAAGAAAACUCAGAUAUUGCCCCACGACUUGGUCCCGGAGGAGAAGAGCUUUUUCCAGAAGGCCAAAUCCCUUUUCCCAGGUCCCCCUCAUCGGGUUACUCCCUGCUCCUCAAGCAGUGAUGAGCAAGUGCUGGAUGUGGAGGGCCAGAACGGCAUCCCGGCUGCCGCCUCAGCAAGGCAGGAGGAGGAGGUAGCGGGCCCAUCCUGGGGGCCAAGUUCAGCUUUGGCGGCUCCUUCUAGUUCGCUGGAAGUUCCCCUGCUUCUGGAGGAACUAUUCCCUCCUGGUUUGCCCAGGGUCCUGGAGAAAGUCAUGCAGGCCUGGGCUGACAAGAGCCACAGGGACACAAGAUCCGAGACAUCCUCCUCCGAGAUCACCUCGGAAUCCUCUUCCACAUGGGACCAAGGGGACGAUUCUGAAGCCGAGGAAGAACAAACGCGAGUCAUCUCGAUCAAAAAGACCUUUGGUGAUCCAAGCAGCAAGAAAGUGCAUCCAGCCCCUCCCACAGAAUGCACCACGUGCCAGGAAAUGCCCCACGAGCCCUCCUUCAAUUGGCCCCUAGCAAAAGAUGCUCAAGGCCAACAAGAGAGCCCAGCCUCUUCCCCCGCCAAAGGCAGGCAAGGGCUCUGGAAAAGGAGAGGCAAAGUCCAGCCAGCCUUGGAUGCCAAGUCUAAAACAACUCCGAGGACGGACCGCGAGCAAUCCUCUUCAAGCGCCCAGAGACAAGGCCCAGAGACAAACCGAGGUUGCUUUCGGGGCUUUUGGAGAAGUUUAUUCUCUGGAGGACGGUAGGGAGGGCUUGGAGCCUAGACUCCAGUUCCAGCUCUCCCCAUUUCCCCCUCCCCCCCAAAGAGAAGAAGUGUGUGAAGGGACCCCUUUCAAUCAAAAAUUCGAGGUAGCACAGGGGUCCUCCAGACCAACCAAAAAAGUGAAGAAAGCCUCUGGGCUGGACGUGAACGUGUCUGAAGAGGGCAACAUGUGGGGGCUAAAUCCACAGAAGAAGUGGGGACUCCUGGUCUAGCUGGGAGGGGCUGGAGCCUCAGCAGAAGCACAGAGUGUUUUAUCUCCCAAACUCUCUGAGAGUCAAGUUGAAGUCUGAGAGCUGGAGGCCUGAGUGAAGCUGGCCUGAGUGGGAUGGCAGCCGGGCCCAGCGGUGCCACUGACUACCUGAAGACCUGGCCCUGGAAAGAAGGAACCAGCCGGCAGUGGGUACAGGGCCAGUGGGGCAAGGAUGCAGCUGGCUGCCACGAUUUGUAGGAGAGGGGACCUCUUGCUUUAGGGGUUCCUGGUCAGAGAUUUUGGGCUUCCUGCUCAAAAGGAAACACUGAACAGAAGCUUGAGGAACUUUGUCACACACCACAAUUAGAGGUGCUUAACAUUCUUGUUUACAAAAUUGCACUUGCAAAGAAGCCUCCCACCAUUCAGAUAUAUAGUGGGAACAGGAAAAAGGAGAAUUCAUCUUCAGAGGUGGACAUUGAAGCAAAAAAGUUUUUACCCUCAAAAGAAAUGUGCAAUUGCUGCAAACCAAAAGGCAAUAAAUAGAACUAACUCAAAAAAGAAUGUAAAAAUCAAAGGAAAUUGAGGAAAAUGUAACCAAAAAAAAAAAAUCACUCCAAAGAAAAACAAAAUCAUAUGGGGAAAAAAAAAUGGAAACAAAUCUGCAACCCAGGAUAGGAAUCUCAAGAUGAAAAUGAUGUUUUGAAAAAUUUAGAUCAGCAAAGGGAUGCCAGGGAAAUGCUGAAAAUCAAGAAAUAAUCAAACAAAUUGGCAAUAUUGGAAAUAAAUAGAACAAUGUGAAAGCUAAAAGACAGAGCUGGAGAACAGAUUAGAAGAAAAUAGAAAAGCAUAGAAAUUGAGUCCCGGAAAAGUGUGACCAUAAAAAGAAACUUCCAAGAAGGAACCAGCCCCCAAUGGGUACAGAGGCAGUGGGGCAGGGUUGCAGCUGGCUAUCAGUAUUUGCAGGAGAGGGAAACCCUUGCUCUGGGGUUCCUGUUUUGGGGGUUUUGGAGUUACCGGUCACAAGGAAACAGUGAAGGGAAGCUUGAGGAACCUUCCCGGCACACCACAGAGGUACUUAAUCUCUUUUCUCAAAAAUGUUUCUGCAAAGAAGAAUCCCACCAUUGAAAUAUAUUAUGGGAACAGGGAAAAGGAGAGUUCAUCUUCAGACACUUAAGUAAAAAAGCUUUUACCCCAAAGAGUAAUGUGCAAUGGCUGUAACGCUUAAGAAAAUAUGUAGAACUUAAAAAAGAAUUUAAAAUCAAAUGGAAUGGACCGAAAUGUAACCAAAAACAAACCUGUCCAAAAAAAAAAAAAAAAAAAAACCAACCCCUCAAAAAGCUUAUGGGAAAAAAAGGAAACCAACUUACAAUGAGGAAAGGAGUCUCAAAAUGAAAAUAAUUCUUUGAAAAAUGAAGAUUGGCGAUGGGAAGCCAGGGAAUUGCAGAAAAAUCAAGAAAUAACAAAGCAAAUUGAAAUAAAUAGAAUGUGGGGAAAAAUCUGAACAGAAACGAGUGCAAGGGAUAAUGUGGUAAAAAAAAAUUACCCAGGCAUGGAUUGUGUCAAUAUAAAGUAAUUAUUAAAUAAAAUUUCAAAAAAAAAAAAGGAAAUAAAUAGAAUGUGAAACAUAAAAGAUCUGGAGAACAGAUUAGAAUAGAAUAAAAGUGUAGAACUAGACUAUGUGCAAAGGGUGAUCCCAAACAGAACCUUCCAAGAAGGAACCAAUGAGUCCAGAUACAGUGGGCCAUGGAUGCAGUUGGCUGCCAGUCCUUGCAGGAGAGGCGAGAGCUUGCUUUGGGGCUCCUGGUCAGAGAGUUUGGGGUUCCUGGUCAGAGGGAAACACUGAAGAGAAACUUGAGGAACUUUCGCCCCACACCACAAUUAGAUGUGCUAAACCUCUUUUUGAAAAAAUGCAUCAGCAAAGAAGAAUCCCACCAUUGAAAUAUAUUAUGGGAACAGGGAAAAGGAGAAUUCAUCUUCAGAGGUGGACACUUAAGUCAAAAAGUUUUUACCCCAAAGAGAAAUGUGCAAUUGCUGCAAACCAAGAGAAAAUAUGUAGAACUACUCAAAAAAGAAUUUACAAAUGAAAUGAAAUUGAGGAAAAUGUAACCAAAAAAAAAAAAUCCAAGAAAAACCAAAAGCCUAUGGGAAAAAAAGGAAACCAACUUGCAAAGGAGGAAAGGAAUCUCAAGAAAAAAUAAUUCUUUGAAAAUUGAAGAUUGGCAAUGGGAAUCCAGGCAAAUGCAGAAAAAUCAAGAAAUAAAACAAAUUGGAAAUAUUGGAAAUAAAUAGAACAAUGUGAAACAUAAAAGAUCUGGAGAAGAGAUUAGAAUAAAAUAGAACCAUGUAGAACUGGACUACCUGAAAAGUGGGACCAAAAAAAAAACCUUCGAAGAAGGAACCAGUCCCCAAUGGGUACAGAGGCAGUGGGCCAGGGAUGCAGCUGGCUACCAGUCCUUGCAGGAGAGGGGAGCUCUUGCUUUGGGGUUCCUAUUUUUGGAGUUUGGGGAUUACUGGUCAGAGGGAAACACUGAAGGGAAACUUGAGGAACCUUCCUCUCAUACUACAGUUAGAGGUGCUUAAUCUCGUUUUUUAAAAAUUGCAUCUGCAAAGAUGAAUCCCACCAUUGAAAUAUAUUACGGGAACAGGGAAAACGAGAGUUUAUCUUCAGAGGAAGCCAUUUCAGUAAAAAAAGCUUUUACUCCAAAGAGUAAUGUGCAAUGGCUGCAACCCCAAAGAAAAUGUGUAGAAGAACUCAAAAAAGAAUUAAAAAAAUCAAAUCAAAUAGAGGAAAAUGUAACCAAAAAAAAUCUCUCCAAGAAAAACCAAAAGCAUAUGGGGAAAAAAAAGGAAACCAACUUGCCAAGGAGGAAAGGAGUCCCGAGAUGAAAAGAAUUCUUUGAAAACUGAAGAUUGGUAAUGGGAAGCCAGGGAAAUGCAGAACAAUCAAGAAAUAACAAAACCAAUUGUAAACAUUGGAAACAAAUAGAAGAAUGUGAAACAUAAAAGACAGAUCUGGAGAACAUGUUAGAAUAUUAGUAGAAUAGAAAACUGAAUAACUUGAUUACUGAAAAGUGUGACCAAAAAUAGAACCUUGCAAGAAAUAAUUUGGGAAUAUUGUCCUGGAAUGAUAAAUGAGGAGAAAAUGUAGAAAUAGGAAAAAAAAAUCCCCAUUUUCAACCACUUCAACGAAAUCCAUUGUGGAAAAGACAUAGGAAUAAUAGUGCCAAAUUUCAAAAACCCUCAGAUGAAAGGGAAAAUUUUGGAAGAAAGAAAUUCAAAUAUGAAUGUGUUAAAAAUGGAAUUGAACAAGACACGUCAGCAGCUCGGGAAAAGACUGGAAAGAUAUCCACCGAGGGUUGAUUGUGAGGGGAGGCAGGAGAUAGGGCAGGAAGGAAGGAGAAAGAACAGGCAGCAUGGAGGGAGAUGAACUGAGGGAGGGAGGGAAGAAGGGAAGACAGAGGGAAAAGAUUGAGAUAAAAGGGGAGGGAGGAAAACGAGAGAAGAGUUCAGAAGAGAUCUUCCAUUGGAAAGAUUUCAUCUAGUAUUUUAGAAUUUCUUUUCCAUCUUGAAAUUUCGUAUUUUUCCAAAUCGUUUUCAACAUUCAUUGUUGUCAGACUUUGUUGCCAAUGUUUCUCUUUCACUCCCUUAAUCUCAUGUUCUCCAGACGGCAAGUGACCAAAAUGAAAUCAUUACAAUUCUUUUACCCAUUUAACCACAUUUCUCAGGUUGUGGAAGAAAAAAUCCGAUCCCGAGGCAAAAAACCAGGACAAAGGAAAGAAGCAGGAAUCUGUGUGCGACCCCCCCCCCCCCGGCUCAAAGGGGCUAGUUGGAGGCAUCUCCAGAUGCCCACAGAAAGCAUGGAUUCAGUCCUUGCAAGGAAAGGUGCCAGCACCCCAAGGGAGCAGCCUGGUGUGGGGCCCCAGGUGGGAAAGAGGGAAUGGCUUAACUAGCAAAAGGCUGGGGUUCAUUGGAUGGACCGAAAAGGAAGCAACCACUGACCAAUGACCAGCACGACUGUCUAGGUUGUUUGGGUCAUAUGAACUGCCUGAAAUUUUGGCCUAGGAUCUGAUUUUUCUCCCCUACUGACCUUUACAAACAGGGAUCAUGUGACUGCCUGAAAUUUAGAGCUAGGCUCUGACUUUUCUGUGCUACAAUCCUCUGAGAAUAGGGAUCGUGUGAUGUCCUGAAACAAAAACCUAAGGUCCUAGAUAGAGCCUCUGAGACCUUGCCCUGGUCGGCGCAGUUCCUUUUUCACGCCACCUCACAUCAGUCCCGAUGCAUUUCUUCCACUAGGACAUCCUUGCUAGCAAGGCCUUCAGGCUGGUCCCUCUCCUCAGUACUAACUGUAAGCCGCCACCUACCAUUUAGAAAGGGCCAACAACCUCACACGGGUGGAAGAUUUCCAGAACCGCUUUAGCGAAGCAAUCUUGGUCCAUUCUAGUGCUUGAGUCCUCCAGCAAGCGGGCCAGAGGAUAAUGCUGCUUCAAGCAAUGAGCAGCAAUGGGAGACCCUGCUUCCACCAGCUCGCACCCUCCGACUGGGAAGCCCUGUCGUCACAGAGCCUCAACUGCCACCCGGCAGCCAGUGGUAUCCAUGGAACUCGAGCACUGUCCAGGCCCAAGGCCUUCGGGCCAUUCUCCCAUUCUUCUCCCCUCAAGCAGUCCAGACCCACAUUCGUUUGAGACAAAGGGAUAAAGGGGAUCGCGGGAUUUGACCAACUAGUUGGAAUUCCAUGGCUUACACUCCGGAAGAAACAACUCUCAAGUCGAUGAAACAUGCAAGAGUCCAAUAUGAGCAAAAAAGGAGAAACAAAUUGGGGUCAGAAUGGGGGUCACUAGGGAGAGGAACUGGGGACCACACGAGGAGGACGACGGAGAGGGGAAGAUAGUUAUCAUGGAUGUCUCUCAUCCAGCUUUUCCAGAAUAAAUUUCUAAGAACUUUCCCCCCCAA